AAGCCAAAUGUUAGGAAGUCCAACACGCACCAACCAACUGAAUGGCGCCAGUUGAAGGGACGAAGAUCCUUAUUUUCCCAGUUUUGUCGUUAACCUCAAUUCUCUCAAAUGUCCCAGAACAAAAAACCAAGCACUGUGACUUAAACGCAGAGAAUUGGGAACUCUGACACGCCUCAUCACUUGGACUACGCCCACGUUCUUUGUUCUUCCUUAUACCUCCCAAUUUCUCCUCUCCAUUUCAUUUUUCUAAUAUAGUUCUGUGCUUGUUGACUGGUUUUUCUCUUCUGUCAAAACCCCAUCAAGUUUUUGCUCCGCAGCUGCACUUUCAAAUUUCAACGGUUCUGAAGGGAUUUGGAGUUCUGAUUCUGGUUUAACUGCUUACCGAGUAUCUGCAUUCAUAGAUGGCUGCAGUACUUGCGACAAACAGAUGCUAUUGGCACAAUGUGGAACUGAUAAAUCAAGGGAAAACAGCAGAUGGUCUUGGUUUCUCAAGUUCAGUUUCAGUUCAUGAAUCCCUUAAGUCUGGGAGACCGACAAGUAAUAUACCUCGUACUGAUCAGUCUCUUAAGUUUCAAGUGCAAAUGCGACAGGCUGAUUCAUCCUCAAGAUUGGGAGUCAAUGGACGAGCUGUGAAAAUACCAGCUAGUGAGGUAUCCCCAUCCAAAAAUAAGGUUGAGGUAGUGAAUGGCACAAAGCAGGUUGUUAAUGGAGCAAGUAUAGUUAGAAGAAAUGCUAGUCCGGGCUUGGUUAAGACUCAAAAACCCCGACCAACUAAAGAACUUCCCCCGAUGGAGGAGCUAAAGGUUUUGCCUUCGGAUGAGGGCUUCAGUUGGGCCAAUGAAAAUUACAAUUCUUGGCAAAGGAGUGCAGAUGUAUGGUCAUUUGUUCUGUCAUUACGGGUGCGUGUCAUGUUGGACAAUGCAAAAUGGGCAUAUGUAGGAGGAUUCACAGAAGAUAAGCAGGUUGAAAACAGAAGGCGAAAGACUGCAUCAUGGCUCCGGGAGCGUGUACUGCAGCUUGGCCCAACUUUUAUCAAACUUGGACAAUUAUCUUCGACAAGAUCAGAUCUGUUUCCGCGUGAGUUUGUGGACGAGCUCGCCAAGUUACAGGAUAGGGUGCCGGCCUUCUCACCAGCAAAAGCAAGAGCCUUUAUUGAGACUGAACUGGGAGCUCCCAUCAACGUAUUGUUCAAGGAGUUUGAGGACCGGCCAAUUGCUGCUGCUAGCCUUGGUCAGGUCCAUCGUGCUAUCUUGCAUAACGGAGAGAAAGUUGUUGUGAAAGUUCAAAGGCCCGGUCUCAAGAAGCUUUUUGACAUUGAUUUAAAAAAUUUGAAGCUAAUUGCCGAGUAUUUCCAAAACAGUGAAACCCUUGGUGGUCCAACAAGAGACUGGAUCGGUAUUUAUGAAGAAUGUGCCACGAUUUUGUAUCAAGAAAUUGAUUAUAUAAAUGAAGGGAAGAAUGCUGACAGGUUUCGCAGGGACUUUCGCAAUAUAAAGUGGGUUCGAGUACCUAAUGUCUUUUGGGAUUAUACCGCCAUGAAGGUGUUGACAUUGGAGUAUGUACCAGGCAUUAAGAUAAAUCGGCUAGAUAUGCUAGAUUCACAGGGUUUUAAUCGUGCUCAAAUUUCAUCACGCGCUAUUGAAGCAUACCUGAUCCAGAUACUCAAAACCGGUUUCUUCCAUGCUGAUCCUCAUCCAGGAAAUCUUGCCAUUGACGUGGAUGAAACGCUGAUCUAUUAUGAUUUUGGUAUGAUGGGAGAUAUUAAAUCUUUCACCCGGGAGAGACUGCUUGAACUUUUCUAUUCUGUAUACGAGAAAGAUGCAAAAAAGGUUAUGCGAUGCCUCAUUGAUCUCGGAGCACUUCAGCCUACCGGAGAUUUGUCAUCUGUACGGAGAUCCGUUCAAUACUUUUUGGACAAUUUGUUAAGCCAGACACCAGAUCAGUCGCAGACGUUUUCUGCAAUUGGGGAGGAUUUAUUUGCAAUAGCACUAGAUCAGCCAUUCCGAUUUCCAUCCACGUUUACUUUUGUCUUAAGGGCAUUCUCAACCCUGGAAGGUAUAGGCUAUAUUCUCGAUAAAGAUUUUUCCUUCGUGAAGAUUGCUGCACCUUAUGCUCAGGAGCUUUUAGAUUUAAGACAGAAGCAGCGUACGGGGACACAGCUUGUAAACGAUAUAAGGAAGCAAGCCGAUGACGCUAGAAGCUAUACCAUGUCGAUGCCAUACAGAGUUCAGCGAAUAGAGGAGUUUGUGAAAGAGCUCGAAUCAGGGGAUCUGAAACUCCGAGUCCGGGUACUUGAGUCGGAAAGAGCUGCACGAAAAGCAACAAUACUACAGAUGGCGACGAUGUAUACAGUCUUGGGAGGUACCCUGGUGAACCUCGGGGUCACUUUGAGCAGUCAAGGCAGCCAAGCUUUCGCAAAUGGAUCAUUCAUCGGCGCAGGAAUCUUCUUCACGCUGUUAGCUAGGUCUAUGCAGAGGGUGAACAAACUUGAUAAAUUCGAGAAGAUGAUAUAAUGUCUCAACCGAAAAUCUAGAAACUCGUCUUGCCAUUGCAGUACAGCGUCCAUCUCGUUUCUCGUUCGUCCCUCUAAUUCUUCAUCAGCUUCAUAUAGGCCGGUUUUUUUUUUUUUUUGGAUGCAUACACAAGAGUUGUAUGCGUUGUAUACCAUACACACAAACAUGAAAAUAGUAAAGAGUGCCUCAGAAAUCUGUGCCCUGUAUAUGUAUAAGCAAUUGGUGACUGUACAAAGAGGCGACAAAUUUAUUAUAACUUUUUUUAAUUUUUAAUUUUUUAAUUUUAGAAAUAUUAAAUACAAGAACUUUGUAGGGAUUGC